AUGUUGCGGAUGCUGUUUGAGACACAUGUGAUGCUCCUACCUACAGCAUUCAAACCUGAAGAGCUUGGAGGGUCUCCCCCACAACCAGUAGUCCCUUCGCAUAAAGAUAAAGGUGGUGCUCCACCAGUUAGGAGCAUAUACGAUGAGUUAUCUAGUCCUGGGCUUGGAUCAACACCUCUGUCCUCAAGAAGACCAGCCAGUUUUAGUUUAACACAGAGCCCAUCAGUUGGAAUUCUGCCAUUAACACCGGGAGCAGCUUCAAGCAUGUUCAGUCCUGCAAGUAUUGGGCAGCCUAAGAAGACCACACUAUCUCCUGCUCAGCUAGAUCCUUUUUAUACCCAAGGUGAUUCCCUUACUUCAGAAGAUCAACUUGAUGACACAUGGGUAACUGUAUUUGGAUUUCCUCAAGCAUCAGCUUCCUAUAUUCUACUACAGUUUGCUCAGUAUGGAAACAUAUUAAAGCAUGUGAUGUCCAACACAGGAAACUGGAUGCAUAUUCGAUAUCAGUCUAAGCUUCAAGCCCGGAAAGCCUUAAGCAAAGACGGAAGAAUUUUUGGUGAAUCUAUCAUGAUUGGUGUCAAGCCCUGUAUAGACAAAAGUGUGAUGGAAAACUUUGAAAGAAGCUCUACAUCCCUGAUGUCUUCGAUUUUCACUCCACCUACAAAAUCUGCUGGCACACCAAUACAACCUGCAAAUAAUACUGCAAGGAUUUCUACAAUGAGACCUCUUGCAACAGCAUAUAAGGCUUCCACUAGUGACUAUCAGGUGGUUUCUGACAGACAAACUCCUAGGAAAGAUGAAAGUAUUGUAUCUAAAGCAAUGGAAUAUGUUUUUGGCUGGUAAUACACAAGAGGGAGUAACACACUAAGCUGGUCAGGGUUUGAACUAUACUACUGGCACUUGUAGUUAGUUGUAUAACUACUGGUGGCAGUAUUUUAUCUUACAGAGCACCUGUUAUGCCUUCAGUUUAUUCAGAAGACAUGUAGCUUGCACUUUAAAUGAUGGCAGUGUACACAUGGUUUUACAAACUGAGGAAGUGUAAAUAAAAGUGCUUUUUCCCCA